AUGAAGCUAGUACCAUACUUACAACUAUAUGAAUCAGCACUGGGCCAAACCCUUAGGUUUUUGGUAUCAGUUCAAGUAUUUAUUGCCCUUUAUUGCCUAUCACGUCACUUAAAAAGAGCCACCAAUAGGCAAGCCUUUACAGAGGACAAAAGUUUGCCUUGGACCUGCUUAUCCCUUUUCUUUAUUUCUUUAUAUCUAUUUUUUAAAAUGCAGCAGCACCAACUUUUAGAGAAAUUUUAUUAUGGGUACUCAAAGAGUUUGACAGCAAACUCAACUGUAGGUAUUUCAACCUGUUCUGCAAAUGCUACCAUUUGCAAUGGCACAUCUUGUGUGCUACCUGAGAAUAAUUUUAACAAGAUUUUGAAUGUAAUUUUAAGUACUGUCUUAACAGUCAUGUUGGCAUUGGUGAUGUUCUCCAUGGGCUGCAAUGUGGAGAUAAAAAAAUUUUGGGGGCACAUAAAAAGACCAUGGGGUAUUUUUGUGGGCUUCCUCUGUCAGUUUGGAAUUAUGCCUCUCACAGGCUUUGUGCUGUCUAUUGCCUUCAAUGUGAAACCUAUUCAAGCUGUUGUAGUGCUCAUCAUGGGAUGCUGUCCAGGUGGAACUUCUUCCAACAUCCUAGCAUACUGGGUAGAUGGUGACAUGGAUCUAAGCAUCAGCAUGACAACAUGUUCUACCUUACUGGCAAUGGGGAUGAUGCCACUUUGUCUCUUUGUGUAUACCAAAAUGUGGACAGACUCUGGCUCAAUUGUACUCCCCUAUGAUAGUAUAGGAAUUUCACUGGUGGCCCUUGUCCUUCCUGUUUCGCUUGGAAUAUAUGUUAACCAUAGAUGGCCCAAACAAGCAAAAAUUAUACUUAAGGUUGGUUCCAUUGUUGGAGCAAUUCUCAUAAUACUCAUAGCUGUGGUUGGAGGAAUACUGUAUCAGGGUUCCUGGACGAUUUCCCCUGAACUGUGGAUCAUUGGGACCAUAUUUCCAGCUGCUGGUUACUCUUUAGGCUUUUUCCUGGCUCGCAUUUCUGGUCAAUCUUGGAACAGAUGUCGUACAGUAGCUUUGGAAACGGGCAUGCAGAACACUCAGCUGUGUACAACGAUUGUGCAGCUCUCCUUCACCCCUCAACAGCUUGCACAGAUGUUUACUUUUCCACUUAUCUACAGUAUUUUCCAGAUGCUAUUUGCACUGAUAUUUUUAGGAGCCUACCAAGCACACAAAAGAUGUCAAGGCACAACAAAAACAGACUUCACUGAAGAAGAAGAUGAAACAGAAACAAAAUCUGAGUCAUUAUAUGCCAACAUGAAUGGUGGAUUUACAUCAAAUGAAAAACAGAUAGAUAAUCAUGUUUCUGUGGACACCAAAGAAAAUGUAUAAAAUAUAUGGUU